AGACCAUCCAGGACAGCGCGCUUUUAUUUAAUCGUCAUGACGAUUACCCCAUAAGAAGAGGAAUACUUCUUCUUCGAAGGUUUCACCACUGCCCUAUCAAGGUAAGACGUAAAAUGCUCUCAUGCGCUGAUUCGUUUUUUUUCAAGAUCCGCACUAUGAAGAUUUUUACUUACACGAAUCGACGUCACGUAUACUAUGGAUUUAGCAGAUGGGAGGAUAAUUGCUGAUAGUUGCCCUUUUCUCUUUUCUAUCUUCCUCUGGUCUUUCUUUUUUCUAGUUAGGUCGGCUCCGCCACAAUUAUUAAAGCACGCAGACAACAAGAACAUCAUGCAGAAUAGUUUUCUCCAAGAACAGGUGUAGUUUGAUUUAUCUGCUAGGAGGAUGUCGUUUUUCGUCAAAAAUGGAAGUCGUUUCUGGCUCCAUGUGGUCCUCGCUGUCACUUCAAGCUGCCGAGUUAUUUUCCCGAACUUUGGACUUGGCGAAAUGCUACAACAACAAGGUGAUCCUGACACAACAAGCGCUAUGGAGGUGAUGUCAUCAAUAUCAUCAAAUCUUGGACGAGUAGAUAACAAAUCUACUUGUUCGUGUAGUAGAAGUACAACAACUCGAGGAUCAGCCUCUACCUCUCUCGGCAUAGUGUUUGCCCAAGCGCAGGACUUACAUGCAGAUUGGACCAGCUACUCGGAGCAGGCUGAUAUGCCCAUGUCAGCAGAGUGGAGGGCGUCCAUGCGCGAGAAACUUCGGCAAGUCGACCCCGAAGCGCUGUCACCAGAGCAAAAAAUCCGGUACAAGCAGCUGAUGCGGCAGUUGAAUGGCCACUCAACGGGCAACGGUGCAGCAGAAGAAGAGGAAUAUGGCAAGAAAACUUACUAGACACUUUGAAAUAAUAGUAGAAGUAGAAAAUAAAUGAAUAGGAAGGGCAAGAGUAUUCGUAUGGCAAGAAAAUCUUAUUGUUUAGCUGGGUUAGCUCAAAGGCUGUAAAAUGUCAAUCAUGUCUUUGAGUUGUAGUACUCUUUAGAAUAGUUUACAGCUGGUGCGCUUGUAAGAACUAUUCAGAAACAGCGUAGUUCCUCUAUCUCUACCCGCUUAAAUGCUCGUGGUUUUCUCUAUUUUUGAUAGAGAAAUAGCAAUUUAUGUAUAUAUGUUUUACAUGUUUUUUCACCUCUCCGUCCUUUCAUAUCGGAGCCUACCCUUUGCAAAAAUUCGGCAUUCUGCUAGCAAUUGUGGCUUUCCUCGCGUACCAGCAUUUCCGCGGAGGAGGCGGAGGCGUAGCAGGUAGACAGUUCCUUAGAUUCUAGAACUGAUGUUGGAAUUCAUUUUUGUUUUGAUUGAUUUUGGAACGGUCAUGCCGGAAUUCAUUUUUGUUUUGAUUGAAUUGAUUUAUGUGUUAGCUGCCUCGGCUGAUGUCCCUUAUCCGCCUCGGCUGGAGUCGGUCCCUUACCCGCCAGUCCCUUAUCCGCCUCGGCCGAUGUCCCUUAUCUGCCUCGGAGACUACGUAUCCGCCUCGGGGAGUCCCUUGUCCGCCUCGGCCGAUGUCCCUUAUCCGCCAGUCCCUUAUCCGCCUCGGCCGAUGUCCCUUAUCUGCCUCGGAGACUACGCAUCCGCCUCGGGGAGUCCCUUAUCCGCCUCGGCCGAUGUCCCUUAUCCGCCUCGGAGAAUCCUUAUCCGCCUCGGAGACUCCGUAUCGGCCUCGUGUUGCUUCUCCGCCUCAGCCGGUGUGGCUUAGGGAAAAUCAGUGCAGCAUGCACAGGCGUGCUUAUCGUGGUCAAGUGCGACACCAACACGCACUGACCGUUUUAUUAGUUAGAGGAGAAAAAACUAUUUUACAAACCAAAUAAUGUUGCAUUACCGUGUUUAGAAUAGUUUGUUCUCCUCUAACUAAGAGUUCUCCUUCGUUAGAUGAAUCAUCGCUGUUUCUCUUUCCCUACAUUCACAGCUGCAAUGGCAAGGCCGCAGACGACUGGCGCUGCAAGUGGACAGCGACUGGUUGCGCAGGAUCAGUCAGAAGAGCAAAGGAGAGCUAUGCGUGAAGCUAGGUUACGCACGUUCGAAAAGCCUACCUCUGAACCGAUGCCAAAUCCUUGGGGAUAAAGUUGUUUUCGAAGAAAACGUAUUUGAAGAAAACGUAUUUGCAAGAACUACAGGACUAACCCAAGACCUUAUGGUUUGCAUCAAGUUCUAGCUCUAGCCCAGCACUAUGACCCGCGAAACAACAACUUAUACUUCCACGAGGACAGUCGUGCGACCAAUUUAGAAUAAGGUUAAGAAAGUCGAUUGUCGUCGUCUGACCAUCGUUAAAGAGUCGUAGC